ACCCCGCCGGAAGCACUUAUUCCGGCCAGCCGUGCGGGGAGACUCGUUUCCCGCCGGCGGGAGCUGUGGCUGUCGUGGUGUCUGCUGCUGCGGCGUGAAGAGAAGGCGUUGGGGACUGUCGCGCCCCGCGCCAUGGCGGACCAGCUCUACCUGGAGAACAUUGACGAGUUCGUCACGGACCAGAACAAGAUCGUGACCUACAAAUGGCUUAGCUACACACUAGGUGUCCAUGUCAACCAGGCCAAACAGAUGCUGUAUGAUUAUGUUGAAAGGAAGAGAAAGGAAAAUUCAGGAGCCCAGCUACAUGUCACCUACUUAGUGUCGGGCAACCUUGUUCAGAAUGGAAACUCUUGCCACAAGGUUGCAGUAGUGAGAGAAGAUAAACUGGAGGCAGUGAAGUCCAGGCUUGCUGUGACUGCCAGCAUCCAUGUGUACAGUGUCCAGAAAGCAAUGCUCAAGGACAGCGGGCCUCUGUUCAACACUGAUUAUGACAUCCUCAAAACCAACCUGCAGAGCUGCAGCAAGUUUAGUGCCAUCCAAUGUGCAGCUGCUCUACCCAGAGCCCCUGAUGAAAUUUCUCCUUCAGAGAAAUUUGGACAGGCUGAUCCUCAGCCAUCAAAUGAGGCCCUACCCAAUGGUGAGCAUACCACCAAUGGCCAUGGUCCUUCUGCUACCAAACAGACCUCACAGCAUCCCAAAGGAAUUAUGGGAAUGUUUGCCUCCAAAAUGGCUUCCAAACCCCAAGACACUAACAAGGAGACUAAAACAGAGUCAAAAGAGGCAACAAAUACAUCUUCAGCAAGCAGCAAACCACCAGGGAAAGGGAAUGUGAUGAGCAAUUUUUUUGGGAAAGCUGCUAUGAAUAAACUUAAAGUCAGUUUGGACUCCGAACAAGCAGUAAAGGAAGAAAAAACAUUGGAACAACCUCUAGUUUCUGUCGCUGAACCAAAGCUGGCAUGCACUGGAGGCCUGAAGAAACCCUACAAGAAAGUAGAGCCUGUUAAAAUGCAGCAAAAGGAGAAAAAAAGGGGAAAGCGGGCAGAACUCUCUGAUGAUGAAGCAAAAGAAACUGAAAACCUGAAGAAAAAGAGGAGGAGAAUUAAACUUCCUGAAUCAGACAGCAGCGAAGAUGAAGUUAUGCCAGAAUCUCCAGGGGCUUAUGAAGCUGAGUCACCACCUUCAGGUCCUCCUCAAUCUCCCAUUCCUGAGCCAGCCCCGAAAACUGAGCCAGAGCCUCCUUCCAUCAAGGCCACGAGUGGAGAAAAGAAAAGAAAACGGAGGAGAGUAUUGAAAUCCAGAACCUUUGAGGAUGAGGAAGGCUGUAUCGUGACAGAAAAGACUUAUGAAAGUGAAUCCUGCACAGACAGUGAAGAAGAGUUUAAGGUGAAGACAACUUCCUUACAGAGACCGCCCUCAAUGGCUGUGAAGAAGGAGCCCAAGGAGGAUCGAAGGGGCCUCAAGAAGGGGGCAGCCGCUCCUGGUAAAGCCAACAGGCAGGUGUCCAUUACGGGCUUCUUCCAGAAGAAAUAAACAACCUCUUCCUAUGGAGAAGCAGACCCUCCCAUCCCAUGUGUUCACAAGGAGCAUCAAUUCUUGCUUGCUUACCGUGUAAGUGAGUACCUUUAGCUCCUCAAUGCAGACUAAAGGGCGCCUCCUAGAAGCAAAGGACAAGUGGACGUUGCAAAAGCUGUUUGCUUCUGAUGACAUUCUUAUUCUUUUUAAAGCACAGCUUUCGUGCUAUCUGAGCUGCUCUCCGUCAGUAGAGACAGGUGACAGAUUUGUUCAAGAAGUCCUUUAAUGGCUCUUGUAUCCUGGCCCUCCUCCCCCUACCCUCCUGCCCCAUUUGUGUUCAUGUUAAUACCUGUCUUUGUAUUCUUCCUACUUGUUUGGGCCAUCCCCUUGAAUUUCACUAGAUGAAUUCUCUCUCCUUCCCAGGUCCUUCUCCUCUUCCACUCUCCUCUGCCUCAUCACCUUUCCUCAACCCCCAAAAGAAAGAAGCAGUUUUCUUUUUGCCUUGAAAUCCUGAUUGGCCUAACUAAGCCUUGUAACAAAAGUCUCCCUGUCAUCCUCUUUUCUCCAUUAUAAAGUACCCUGGUACCUGGCCCCAGACCAGGAGACAGCCGACUUGUGCUGGGUCCUCUUCACAAAAGCCCUCUAAGACCUCUGCCCACUGCCCGUGGUUUGGGAAAGGCCCCAGGCAGAGCUCACAAAGACAUUUUAUGGUUGCAUUUGACUCUACAAGAAGGCAGUUAAAGUGAACGUUGAAGUCGUCAUAUUCCUCACACAGUGAGUCCUUCAUACUGUGUAGGGUGGUUUUCAGUUUUUCUCUUCUUCCUCCUCUCUUGACACCUGGAAAGUGCCACCCAGCUAAGGAGGAGGCUUACUGUGAACAACAGAUAUUGAGGAUGAAAAACUUUUGUUCUUCUGAAGGAAAUGCAACCUCAGUACAACUCCCUGGGGAGCUACCCUAAGCUGGGGAAGGUUCUAAGCACAGAGACACACAUGUCCCACUGGACCUUUAUUUGACACUGUGUAUUUGCCCAGGAAUACAGGGUGCACAAGGAGGCAGCUGAAAGGAGAAAAGUACAUACACGAGUCAAAAAAGCAAGGGAACAUUUUUAACUUGUUCUUUUGAGGGGAAAAUCCUUUAAAACAAUCAUUAAAUCAUUUAUUAUAA